CAGCCACACAUACAUACAUAGGAGUAUAAUCAUGGCCCGAUUGCGGGGACAAGCAGUACGUGCCGGGAACGCCUUCUACCUUUCCACCUCUGCCGAAUUUCCACUUGCCACUUGGCAGUGGAUAGAUAUUGCGCCGGCGGAGCAACAGAUACCACUACUACUGCUGCAGACGGUGGGCCACCACCCAUCAGUAAAUGGUUACAAAUUGCUGCAGACAGUAAGCCAGCUGGCCCGGCUUAGACACAACUUGAACUCCGGCAUUGUUACUUUGAGUCAACAAAUGAACCUUGAAAAUUCAUCCGAAGAUGCCGAAGAUCCGGACGCGGGCUGCUCCUGGCUGGCCAGCCCCACACAUGCAUGCCUAUAUAUAAAAUAUGAUUUCCUCUCGAACAAUCGCAAUCCAAAGAGUCUCAUGGACGCCCAGCCACGACAGACGACGGAGCAGAAAGGAGGAGCCGCGACCUCCGAUGGAUGA